AUGCCGCCAAAUAACAAGAAAAAGAAGAAGCCCGCCUCUAACCCCGCAAGAGGGUUCGCAACAGUCUCGGUGCCUUCGAAACCAAAGCCGAUCGCCUCUACUGACUCUACAGCUCCUACAACGGCCGCCGAAUCGAAGUCGGUUUCGGAGAGUGAUCGACCUACCCCCGCGGAGCCCAGCCAACCUGCGCCCGCGACGCAAGACACUUCUUCGCUGCAGAAUUAUUCCCCCGAGGAGCUAGAAAAGCAUCUGGAGGAUGCGGAGCUACAAAUACUGGUGGAUAAAUACGCAGCGAAAUGCAAGAAUGACGCCGCCCGCCAAGUCACCAAACUGGAAACCGAGCGAAGAGUUCUCCGCCAACAGGCCGUAUUAUUAAACCUUCUAGAAUGGCUCCCUAGGGAUAUACUGGACUCCAUAUUAGGUCUCGUCGAGAUGGAAGAGCGCGAACUUAGUCCCUUGCCGGGUCGCGAUCCGAAUGGCCUGAAAAAGGCCAGCUCGGAAGAAGAGCUAUACGGGAGAGUCUGGACUCUAAAGGAGACCCUACUGAAACUUGGAUUCCCCGAGGAAAGAGUAGAAGAGGUUUUAAAGCACCUUUUGCUUUAUUUUGCCGGUAAUUUUGCCUAUGCCAAUAGGGACAUGGUGUGUAAUCUGGACGAGGCGUUGGACUGGCUCGCCAUGCACUGCAAACUGAAGGAACUACCGUCCUAUUUACAGACGACCACGCAGCUGCGCAAAGAUGAAAAGAAUAUCUCUUGGAUAACCGAUCGUGAGCCAGCACAAUCCCCGGUCCCCAAAGUAACUCAGGAUAAAAGCAAAGCCAAGCCGGCGAAAAGCGAAAAUAGGGAAUCAAUUCCCUCGAGUCCUUAUGACUCGGAUAGUUCUUUGGAUCCCGAUACCCUGAUGCCCAAGUUUUUGGAUUUGCAAACUAAAUUAUAUGGCCUGCAGCCUGAUCUCUUCGACAAACCCAAAAGAGGGAAGAAAUCAGGCCGAGAGGCCACCGACUCUGACGGUGAAAACCCGCAAGUAAUAAGGUUGCAGCGUAAAAUUGCCAGCAUUGAAAAUGAUGUACUUUUUGACCGCGCCGAGGCUGAAUAUCGGUGGAGGGAGAAGUUGGACGACCUUCGCAAAGAGGCUGCCUUUUCCCGACAAAUGGAGCCCGAAAAGAAAACUUCUCCAGAUGCCAACGGCGAUAAAGAGGAGAAGUCAGAGCAAGCCUUGCCUCCAAAAGAGGACAUCGAUGAUGCUGCAGAUCUUCUAGGUGACAUGUUCCAGGGUGAAGAACCGAUUCUGGAAACCGGUGUGAUCACCGAAGAACUCAACAAAGCCGCUGUGACAAUCCGUGACUUUGGCAAAUGGACAGGCUUAAAUCCUCGUCGUGUGUUAGAGGAGACUUGCAGGGCAAGGGAUUCUGGGUCCACUGUUACAUACAAAGACUUUUCCCCUUCGUCACAUACCAACCGCAGGGCAGUUGAGGUGCGGUGGUCCAAGCCUCAGGACCGUCCCUUCCAGUUUGAAUGGGAUGCAGUUACUCACAAGUCAAGCCCAUGGGCCACCUUCGUGUCAAUGGACAACCUGGCGACACCGACACCGCAGCAGGCAGAAGCAUUCGUCUCAACGUUAGCUCUUUUCAUUCUUUUCCCACAGAGCUCAAAGGAAGGGAAAUCAUACCUGCGCCUUCCAGCCGUAUGGAGAGACCUGUGGACUGAAUUUGCAACUGCAAAGAAGGUUCAAGAGGACGAUCUGGAUAAGACGGCCGUGAAGAGCUUGAAGAAGUUGAUACAAGAAAACCACGGGAGCUUCGAAGAUGAUGUCGUCUUAUUGGACAAUUUCCGCAGAAGAAAUGGAACUCCAAACAGAAUGGAAUCUUCUGCCAAGUCAUCUGGUGGCAAGGAAUCGUCGAACACCCAGUAUCAACUACUGCAGAGUAUCUGGGCAGAAAAGUCAUCGACACCUUCUUUCCAGCAUAUGGCCCUAGGAAGAAUGAACCUGCCGAUCUGGAAUUUCAAAGACGAAAUACUCAGUACACUAGAUACUCAUCGUGCGCUCAUCAUCUGCAGUGAAACGGGUAGCGGAAAAAGUACGCAGAUCCCGUCCUUCAUUCUUGAAGACGAAAUGCAGCGAGGCCGUCCUUGUAAGAUUUUUGUCACAGAACCCCGAAGGAUCUCUGCUAUCUCUUUGGCUCGAAGAGUCAGCGAAGAACUGGGUGAGAGCAAGAAUGACGUGGGAACGUCCCGCUCUCUCAUUGGUUUUGCGGUCAGGCUGGAGAGCAAAGUCAGCCAAUCUACGAGAUUAGUCUUUGCGACAACCGGAGUUGUGGUACGAAUGCUAGAGCGCCCCGAUGAUUUCCAAGAUAUCACCCAUGUCGUACUUGAUGAAGUUCAUGAACGUACGAUCGAUAGUGACUUCCUUCUCAUCGUUCUCAGGCGGUUGAUGCAGAAAAGACCGGAGUUGAAACUAAUCCUGAUGUCGGCUACCCUCGAGGCCCAACGCUUCUCCACCUACCUUGGGGGCGUUCCUGUGAUGAAUAUUCCAGGUCGGACUUUCCCAGUGGAAAUGAAGUUCCUGGAAGAUGCCGUUGAGAUGACAAAUUACCGCCUGGCGGAGCACGAUUCAAACGCCUUGGUGGAUGAGGAUACCGACGAAAUGGCCGGCGAAAAUGCCCAGGGUGAUUCGACAGGUGGCCUACAAGCCGCUCUUGAAGGAUACUCCAAGCAAACACGCGAAACGAUCCUCAAUUUUGACGAGUAUCGCCUCGACUAUCAGUUGAUCAGAAAACUACUCAUCAAGCUUGCGACGAGUCCAGAAAUGGAGCACUACAGUAAAGCCAUACUGAUUUUCAUGCCUGGUAUGGCAGAAAUCCGGCGCUUGAAUGAUGAGAUUUUGUCGGAACCUGAGUUCCAGAAGGGGUGGAUUGUCCACGCACUCCACUCAUCCAUCGCCAGUGAAGAUCAAGAGAAAGCGUUCAAUGUGCCACCGCCGGGUACGAGAAAGAUUGUGAUUGCCACCAACAUCGCAGAAACUGGUAUCACGAUUCCGGACAUCACUGCUGUCAUCGAUGCAGGUAAAGAAAAGACUAUGCGCUUUGACGAGAGACGGCAGCUUUCGCGGCUGGUAGAGGCUUUUAUUUCCCGAGCGAACGCGAAGCAAAGGCGUGGAAGAGCUGGACGUGUCCAAAAUGGAAUCUGCUUCCAUUUGUUCACAAAGUACAGACAUGAAAAAUCGCUCGCUGAGCAACAAACACCCGAGAUGCUUCGGUUAUCCUUGCAAGAUCUCGUGUUGCGAGUCAAGAUUUGCAAGUUGGGUGAGGUGGAGCAAACUCUUCUCGAAGCACUCGACCCGCCUUCAUCGAAGAACAUCCGCCGAGCAAUCGACUCCCUGAAGGAGGUCAAGGCGCUCACGAACGCGGAAAAUCUCACGCCUUUAGGAAUGCAGCUUGCGAAGCUACCGCUGGACGUCUUCCUUGGAAAACUGAUUAUCCAUGGCGCGUUCUUCAAAUGCCUAGACGCGUCUCUCAGCAUUGCCGCUAUCCUUUCCUCCAAAUCACCUUUUGUGAACACAAUGGGCUCGAAUACCCAAAAAGACCUAGCGAGACUCUCGUUCAGGAAAGGCGACUCUGAUCUUCUGACUGUGUACAAUGCCUACUGCGCCUGGAAACGCACGAAGAGCACACCCGGCGUUAACGAAUUCUCAUUCUGCCGAAAGAAUUUCCUCAGCCCUCAAACACUAUUGAACAUUGAGGAUAUCAAGAUGCAACUUGUAGUGUCAAUUGCAGACGCAGGCCUAUUGAACCUCGAUCCUUCCCAAAAGGCGGCCUUGAACAGAGCUCGAUAUGGCGGUCGCCAGCGCCAAUUCUUCAUCAUCCCCGAAGAAUACGACGUGAACAGCACUAACGACGUAAUUGUCAACUCUGUCAUCACCUGGAGUUUCUAUCCAAAGCUACUCACCCGCGAGGGCAAAGGGUGGCGGAAUGUGGCCAACAAUCAGUCGGUAACGCUGCAUCCCACCUCGGUGAACAAGCAAUCCGAUCCUGCCAUCAAAUGGCUCUCAUAUUACCACAUCAUGCAGGGGCGCAACCGAAACUACAACGCCUUCGAAACCAAUGCGGUAGACGACUUUGCCAUUGCCUUGCUGUGUGGCGAGCCCGAGUUCAAGAUGUACUCCGGCGUUAUCUCCAUCGAUGCCAACCGGAUACGAUUCAGCGUUCGAGACUGGAAGUCGAUGCUGGCACUCAAGGUUCUCAGCGCUCGUAUCCGAGACAUCUUAUCUGGGACGUUCCGCGACCCGCAGAAAGUGCUGUCGUACAAGCAACAGCAGUGGAUCGAUAUCUGGAACCAGAUAUUCUCGCAAGCGGGAAAGCAUAACGCAUAA